AUGCUAGAAAAGAUGGAUGAUGGAGAAAUUUCAAAUGCUUUUCCUCUUCAGAACCCGUCAACUGGUGCAUCUAACCAACCUCCUGUUUUGAAGAGGAAGAGAAACCUUCCUGGAAAUCCAGAUCCUGAAGCUGAGGUCAUAGCCUUGUCGCCGAAGACUCUGAUGGCCACAAACAGGUUCGUGUGUGAAAUUUGUCUCAAGGGUUUCCAAAGGGACCAAAACCUUCAACUCCAUCGACGAGGGCACAACCUUCCUUGGAAGCUGAAGCAGAGAUCAAGCAAAGAAGCAAGGAAGAGAGUUUAUGUGUGUCCAGAGAAAACUUGUGUCCACCACCACCCUUCAAGGGCUCUGGGAGACUUAACUGGGAUAAAAAAACACUUCUGCAGAAAGCACGGUGAGAAAAAGUGGAAGUGCGAGAAGUGCUCAAAGCGUUAUGCUGUGCAGUCAGAUUGGAAAGCUCACUCAAAAACAUGUGGCACCAGAGAAUACAAAUGUGACUGUGGCACUAUCUUUUCACGGAGGGAUAGUUUCAUCACUCACAGGGCUUUCUGUGAUGCCUUAGCAGAAGAAACAGCUAGAGUGAACGCAGCAUCAAACAUUAGCAACUACAGCAUCAUGCAAAAUCCCCUAGGUCCUAGCAUGGCAACCCAUUUUUCGUCAUUUUUUAAGCCAAAUUCAUGCCCUGAGGAGCCAACCCCAGGUAGUCAAACAUCCAAGGGGCUAUCCCUUUGGAUGACUCAAACACAGGCUCAUGAAACAAUUGCUAACAACAAUUUGCAUGAAUUUCAUCAACUUGGGUCUGCUACAAGCCCGACCUCAAUUUAUGGUGGUGGUGGGAAUCCACUUGCUCCUUGCUCAAAUCCACCAUCCUCUAAUUAUCAGCUGAAUUGGGUGUUUGGGAAUAAACUCUCCUCCAAUGGAAAUCAAGAUCUAUCCAGCACUGCUUCACUUCCACUAGUCAAUGAUAUUGUCAAGGAUAACCCAAACCUGCAACUCAUAAGUGUUCCUUCCUUGUAUAGUUCACAACACCAAUCCCAUCAAACAAACUCAGCAAACAUGUCAGCCACAGCUUUGUUGCAAAAAGCUGCACAAAUUGGGACAACAUCAUCGGACCCAUCAUUAUUCCUUGGGAGCAUUGGUUUGAAAUGCAACAGUCCAGGCCAAGAUGGGAACAAAUUUUGUGGUCUGUACGGUUCAAGUUCAGUACUCACGAGUUAUGAUGCAGAUAAUAAUUAUUCAGGUGAUUUGUCACAAAUGCCCCCUUCAAAACGACGGCACUUACAGAAUGAAGAGAGUGCAUGGGGACAAACUAGGGAUUUUCUUGGUGUUGGUGGUGCCAACCAUUUGCCACCCUUCAUCAACCAAGGGAUGGAUUUAAUUUGA